AUGUUGCUGCAAUUUUUAAAUAAUUUCACUGCAAGUUACAAUAAGCAAAUUUCUCACUUGAGUAAACGUGUAAUUAUCAUGCCUAACAGCUACAAAGAAGCAAUUGAUACACUGAACAAAUUGCAAAGCAACAUUGAGUACAUUAAACAUGCAAAAAUUAAGAAUAAUCAAGAAAAUAACAUGUUGGAAAUGAGAAAGUUUCUCAACAGGUCAGGUAUUACAUUAGAGCAACUAGAUACCCUUCCAGUUAUUCAUAUAGCGGGUACCAAUGGAAAAGGUACCACUUGCUCCUAUUGCGAACAGAUUUUGAGAAAUCACGGCUACAAAACGGGAUUCUAUUCUUCACCGCAUUUACUCGAAGUCAGAGAAAGGAUAAGGCUGAAUGGGGUUCCGAUAUCGAAAGAGAAGUUUUCUGAGCAUUUCUGGAAAAUUUUUGAUAUGCUGGAUAAGGAGAAAGUUGCUCCCUAUGAUAUGCCUCUAUAUUUCCGCUUCCUAACCCUUUUGGCCUGGGACAUAUUCCUAACAGAAAAAGUAGACGUAGCCAUAUUAGAAGUAGGCAUCGGAGGUGAAUACGAUUGCACCAAUUUAGUGCGAAAAACACUUGUAGCUGGAAUAACUCCCUUAGAUAUAGACCAUACAGCAUUAUUGGGCAACAGUAUAGAAUCUAUAGCCUGGAAUAAAGCUGGAAUAAUGAAAAAAGGAGCUAAAGUUUUCACUGCACCUCAACCCCUAAGGGCUUUGGAUGUUUUGAAAAAGAAAAGUCUAGAAAGAGAUUGCAGUCUUGAUGUAAUUGAAGAUCUUUAUAUUGAUGACCAAAAUAAUUCUAGAAUACCUCAACAUAUACAGAAAACUAAUGCUAGUUUGGCUCUUUCAGUUAGUAAAGCGUUUAUGGAGAUUUGCCCAAAAAGUAAUAACAAUAAUGUAUUUAAUUUGGAUUUAGCCAAAAAGUCUAUAGAAAGUACAAGAUGGCCAGGGAGAUAUGAAAUAAUAUCUCAUUGUAAUAAAAUAUUUUAUUUAGAUGGAGCUCAUACAAUUGAAAGUAUGCAAGUUUGUUCCGAUUGGUUUUUGUCAAAAAGCAAAGACAAUAGAGUAUUAAUUUUCAAUAUAACUGGUGACAGAGAUCCAGUAAAUUUACUCAAAUUACUUGUUAAAUGUCAAUUUACUACUGUAAUAUUUUUGCCAAAUGUUGGAAACGAUAAUGAUAGAGCAGAUUCGGAUGAUCAAAUUCAACCAGUCAAAUUGCAAUUAGAACGUUGCUAUAAAAACAAAGAAAUUUGGAUGAGUUUAGAUACAAAAUCUACAGUAAAAGUAUUUCCAUCUUUUGUCAAAGCAGCUAAAAGCUUGGAGGAUGAUAAUAGGCUACAUAAUGUGUUGGUAACUGGAUCAAUACAUCUUAUAGGAGCAGCCAUGUCAGUUUUGGAUCCUACUUUAGGAGGUCUUUUGUAA